CGAAGAGGUCCGAGCCGCCGCAUGUGCCGCAUCAUAGAAAUUCGCGCUGCCGGCUGAUGGUUAUCGAGGUGUAAACAUUCCCGGGGAUCGGAGAUGUGACAGUAGCUUGACUAUCCUAGCAGGCUAGCGAAUCAUUCUGAUGAGGAUCCUCUCUCCGCAAUCAGGCAUCCGUGAUCUGCGGCUCGUGAAGCUACGAUUCGAAGUGGAGUGGAGUAGCGCGUAGAUAAGCAACUUCCGGAGAUUCGAAUCCACACCGUCUCCCCACUCAGGUACGAACAUGGAACCUUUUGAGAAGAUCUACGAUGCGGAUUACGAAGCGGGCGAUAGUGACAGCGUCCGGGGCAGUGACAGCUCGGACGAUUGUUUAGAGGACUUCGAAAGAGAGAUGCAGGACGCCCUCGACAAACGCGUCGGACUCAAGACUCCACCGAAACAUAAAAAUCGACCAGAUGACCAACCCGCCUGUGAGCAUGAACAACACGCAGAUUUGAAUUCCGCAGCAGGCUCAAGGCUCGGCGAAGGUGAUCCCGCUCAGCCCAAUGGAGGAUCCUCGCAAAAAACGGCUGAAGACGCAAACGACGAUUUGUUCUAUGAUCCCGAUGAAGACGAAGACAAUGAGAAGUGGGCUCAGCGGCAGCGUCAGCAAAGCAUAUUUCCGGCUUCCUCCAGUGCUCGAGUCGAGCCCCUUCCACGGAGCGAUGCUGUUCUGAACUGUCCAGGAUGCAUGACGCUCCUCUGUCGGGACUGCCAGGCCCAUGAGACGAAAUCCGGUCAAUACCGCGCGAUGUUCGUCUUGAAUUGCAAGCCCGAUACAUCAGUACAAGUUCCAGGGCCCUUGACCAAGGACCGACGCAAGCGGCGGAGGGGAGGCCGCGAUCAGGCAUCUGAAUCAGACGAUAAGAUGCUUUUCCAUCCUUUCCAUUGUAAUUUCUGCCAAACUCGGAUCGGUGUGUUCGAUAGCGAUGAAGUAUACCACUUUCUCAACGUUCUGGCCAGCUGAGGGAGAUCUUCUAUCAGGGCAGUACGUCCUCCGACAGUAUUUGUCCAUUUUCCCCCUCCCACGGCAUAAACGCGCACGACGGCAGGAACAUCCGGAGCUUGAGAUCAGUGCCGCUGAAG